AUCACUUGAAUACUCUCAAGAAAUUUCAGAUUUCAUUUGUUUCUCUUGCUAUGAGCUAGUUUGUGCUUACAAUAACUACUACUUUGAGUACAAGAAAAUUCAGGAAGUAUUGAAAGAGAUGCAGCAAAGAACCCACUAGAAUGUUAUGUCUUCAAACGUUCGAGUCAAGCGAGGAAGAAAGCAAGAAUCUUCAUCACAGUUGCAAACACAAAAAAGACCACCGGUGACUUCUACAAAACGAAAAGAUUGUGCUCGAAGUCUGUCUUUUGCAACUGACAAUCACUAUGACAAGCAAGAACAUCAGACUACAUUAAACCCACCAGCAUCAGCAACAGCAUCCUUUGCAAGUCCUAUGUUUCUGGUACCUUGGACAUCUACACAGCCCACAACCUUUGGCAAUCAUUCUCCACAUAAAAUUACCCCUACAAACCAUACAGCUCAUUCAAUCUUCUCUGUUCAUCCCAGUGAAGAUCGCAAAAGUAGCAAAAGGGAAUGGUAGAGGUUGUAAUACACAAAGAUAGGACAGUAACGAAACUGAUACCAGAUUCACUGAGGGGUUUGACCAAGAAGCUGGCAUACGGAGAUUACACAGGAUUUCCUGCAUUUGCCAUGUCUCAUGAUGAGAUUAGUAGAAAGCUGCUCAAUCAAAUUUGUUUGCACAUUCAUUGUGAAUGUCAAGAUUUGACUGCCUCAGGCAUAUUACAUGGUACAGAUGCAAAAGCAGUCAUUGAAUUUUCAUAUCAAGAUAUGACUGCUGAGCUCCUCAAGAGAUAUCCAAUUAUGAUGUCUUGCUUGGGAGCUAUAUCUCAACCAAAUCGUGCAAGUAGAUAUGCAGACAAGAGUGAGAGGUCAGCAGCUGUAAAUAGCUUUGCAGCCUUUUGUCUACUGAAACAACGAAGUGAUCACUUUGCAACAUCAGCAGCCAUCAACAGUAUAGUUCUGUACAGAGGUCACGCAAACAGAAUGGAAUGUGCCUUUCCAAGACACAAACUCUGGCUGUCGUUGAUAGACUGAUUGAAAACUAUGACCAUUGCAUACGAGAUGAACAGUGCAAAAUUAGGAAUUGGUGCUUCAAUCAGGGGAAGACUCUUGAUUGUCCACAAGGUUUCAAGAUUGUCGGUGACAACCUUGACUUUCAAACAAACGUUCGUCAUAUGACUGAGACACAUCAGAAUUAACAGAAGCACUAUUUUCAUGCAUACGCUAACUUUUUUCGAUUUCCAAGUUACCACUUGGCUAAUGACACACCUAUCUUGCCAUCCAUUCACGAACUUCCAAACACUGCAUACCUUUUGUCACCUAACGAGAACCAACGGCUUCAAGAAGAUUUGGCUGUUCACUUGGGAAGAAUACUGUGCUGCAAUGUUAGCUACACUGUACUUCAAGCCAUUUGAAAAGUUCUUUCCGGACCACAUUCCACAUACCAACUCUAAGUAUAUGAAGCAGAAAUCUGAGAUAGUACCACUAGGACUGCUGUUUAAGAACGAGCAACACAAUGAAGAUAUGGUGGACAUCUUGGGCCACUUCAAUCAGUACGUGCCAACAACAAUGGACCAGAAAGGAAUUGCUGAGCAAGUACUGUUUGGUGGUGAUCAACUAACUGCCGAAAGGACUCGAAGUGCAAAAGCACUUCAGCUAAAUGCCAGGACUGAACAUGGACAACUUCAUGGUCUGGUACCUUUUAUAGAAGAUUGGCAUGCUCUUCAGUGCAUGCUACAGGUAGCUUGGAUGAGAUUUUAUCGAUCAGAUUCCGAGUCUGAUACUGGAACUCUGCAUCAGCUGAGAAAUUACAUUCAAAGACGAAAUGUCAAAGGUAACGUGAAAGGAAAUUUUAGUCCUUCUGAAGAGUUCCUGAACAUAGUGACACGGGUGCAUGUCAUUGCAGCAGCACUAGAUCAUUUCAAAAUGCCUUCUAUGGACAGUCAUCGUAUGGAACAUGCAUUUCAUUCAACAGCAGCACAAGAUCAGCGGGAAAAAGAAAUGGAAAGCUACAUAAAGAAGCAAUGCAGGGCUCUGGUACACAGACAUGUCUUUCCAAUUGUCACGCAAAUGACUGGUAGUGCUAGUGUUACUCCAUGCACAAACUCAACAGUCUUUCUCCUGUGGCUACCCUGGAUGUCUCAAGACAUAUCGUUGCAAUGGAGUGGAUUUAAAACGUCACCGUAAAAGCCAUGAAGAUUCGAAAUGCAGGCAAGUGUAGAAGUGCACGAUGCUUUCCAACAGCAGCCAGAUCGUGUUCUUCACUAUGCAUCCAGUCUUUUGUCAAUGGACUUGACUAUUCAAGCUUUCCAAGAUGCUUUAGAGGAAGAUCGUGUUGUUAGUUUAUGGAAGUUUUUUGUUAUACUUUCAA